AUGGAGCCAGAAUAUGGGCGUCCGAUACCGCACGGAGCUCAUUCUGGGUUGUUCUACGGUAUCUGGGCUCAUGCACUACUUGCUUCUUUGGACUUUCUUCAUCCUGACCAUAAUGAGAUGCAGAAAAGAGGCGGGACGUCGAUAAGAGGUAGCGGUAUGAGGUUUACAUGGGUUUCUGCAGCCAGAGUAGCGAAAUUCCCUAAAGUUCACGAAGCAAAUGGCCUCCAUCGAAAGGCGAGGCGUUUAUACAAGGAAGCUCUGGAUUUGUACGUCGAAGUGAACCUGGAAGGGAUUACUCAGCGCACUACUGUAGCAAAAAGAAAGUUGGCACCGGUGUGGAAUGAAGACCUGCCAUUGUCCGCAACCACCCCCGAUUCGCUUCUUGUUUUGUAUCUCAAACAAAAGUCUUUCUUUUUAAAAGAAGAUUCUUGCAAAGGCCGUAUUGAGAUACGUUUGAAUGAGCUCCUCGCACUGUGCAACCGUGAUGCUGGUUCCAUCACGCUACUGCUCAAAGCCGUUGACUCAGCCGUGGAUAACUCACAGCACGAUGUCCUGCGUGCCGGGUUAUCAGAGACUUCUGUUCUCGAUAUCCUGAGUACCUCGGAUACUUUUACUGGAAGUGAAACAAGCGCAACGCAAGAUGCUCUGAUCAAUAUCCUUGGCAAUAUUGCCUCAAAAUUAGAGUCCUAUAUACGAAUAUUAGAUGAGUUGUCUAAGGUCCACCCUUACGCCACCCUUGCUUGGAAAGUGAUCAGCUCAGUUUAUCAUGUUAUUAGAGAUCAAAAGGACAGAGACGAACAACUUUUUGCUCUUAUCUCUAUUAUGGAGGACGCGUACUCCUUUGUUGGUAUUGUCAAAGCAUUGCCAAGUAAGGUUGAGCUACUCAGAAAUACAAUCGACAAGAUACUAUUGCAGACAGUUGAGUCUACAAUUUUUAUUCGUGAAUAUACGGGCCACGGGUUUGGAGUCGAAAGGGACAGCUUAAAUCACCUUAGAUCUGUCCGGAUGGACGCUUCCUCACGAUCUGAAUGCCUUUCUGGAACUCGUCAGGACGACCUUGCCUUUAUUACAGAAUGGCUUAUCACACCUUCGGACGAUCAGAAAAUCUUGUGGAUGCAUGGUCUCGCUGGAGCGGGAAAGAGCACGAUUUCAGCUACCAUUGCAGAUGAUCCAGCAGCUGUCAUACGCACUCUGGCGUAUCAACUUGCCUCGUUCCACAAGUCCAUUCGGUCUGCUAUGUCUGCAGUCAUCGAAUCAGACAGUAGAAUAUCUGAAGCCCCGCUGCGUCGGCAAUUCGAGGCACUAUUACUGGAACCACUUCAAUCUAUCGCAGAUAUGUCCGCAGAAGGCCCAAUCGUGAUUGUCAUCGAUGCGUUGGACGAGUGCGGUGAUUCGAGGUCACGACAGGAUCUUUUACCGUUGCUAUUUAGAGAGUUUAGCAAGUUUCCUGCCGCAUUUCAAUGUUCGAUCUGGCCCCGGACUGGCCAGGAAAUGAAAAAAAUGGAGGAACUAGCGAUGCGUUCGGCGGGAUUGUUCAUCUGGACAUCAGUUGCAGCGAAUUUCAUAUUGGAGGGUCACAAUCCUGAUGAACAGCUCGAAAUUUUGCUACAAGCUCGCUCUCAUGAGCGAGCAGAAGUCGCGUUGGAUGCUUUGUACUCGACAGCCCUCGAUACCUCUGGGAAAUGGGAUAGCGAACACUUCUUGGCAGAUUUUCAUGCAAUUAUGGGUGCUAUCCUGGUUGGCAGAAUCCCAAUGACGGACUCUAUGCAGGAUCUCAAGUUCAAUAUUUGCAAUUUAGAAACGUCGCACUUAAGCAAUGAAGGUAUUCAUGAUCUAGCGGAACGCCUGAAGGAAAACAUAUCACCACCUCUGGGUUAUGCGUGCAAAUUUUGGGCUGAUCAUGUUCAUGCAACGUGUCCAAACGACAAAUUACUUAGCUUGGUGAAAAACGUGGUGGAUACGAAGCUUUUGUACUGGCUAGAAGUGAUAAGCUUGCUCGGCUGUGUUCCUCUCGUUUCUCCUUCUCUACUCAAGAUAGCCAGGUGGAGCAAAGAUGUAUGCCGUGAUCUGGCGGAUUUAGCUACUGAUGCCUCAAGGUUCGCAACUACCUUUAAAGUUCCUAUAACACGCAGUGCUUCCCAUAUAUACCUGUCGACACUGGCCUUUGCGCCGCCUGAGUCAAAAGUGUCGAGGCAAUACAAGCACCGAUGCAAGCAGAUCAUCCCUGUUCAAACCAGUAAACCAUUACACUGGCCCGCUCUGCUAUACGUAGCAGAGGGACACACGGACUCUAUCUCGGACGUUAGCUCCUCACCUGAUGGCAAAUUUAUCACAUCUGGAGCUAUGGACUCGACAGUUCGAGUCUGGGAUGCAGAGACAGGCGACUUAGUUCUUGGCCCACUUCAAGGGCAUUCACAUUGGAUUAAAUCAGUUACCUUUUCUCCCGACAGCAAGCGUAUUGCGUCUGGAUCUUACGAUAAGACGGUUUGCAUUUGGGACGCGGAGACUGGCAAUCUUACUUCAGAGCCGCUUCGAGGACACUCCGAUUGGAUCCGAUCAGUGUCUUUCUCACCUGAUGGAAAACACCUUGCAACUGCUUCUGAUGACAAAACUUUAUGCGUCUGGGAUGUCGAUACCGGCGAUCUUACCGCUGGUCCUUUUAAAGGACACGAUGAUUGGGUCAUGUCAACCACUUUCUCGCCCGACGGGAAAUGCAUUGCAUCCGGGUCUGAAGAUUCAAGUAUAUAUAUAUGGGAAGUGGAGACAGGCCUUCCUCUUUGUAGGCUGCGUGGGUUCAAAAUGAAGAGUGUAUUGUCUAUAUCCUACUCCCCUGAUAACCGGUAUAUCGCAGCCGGAUCGGAGAACGCGAUGAUUUACAUCUGGGAAGUGGAGACCGGCGUUCUCAUAUCUGAGCCAAUUAGGGCCCAUAGUGGUUGGGUCAACUCGAUUGCCUUCUCACCAGACGGGGAGCGCAUUGUUUUGGGAUCUCAGGACAAAACGGUCUGCAUUUGGGACAUGAAGUCCGGCAACCUAGUUUCUGGGCCUUUAGAAGGGCACUCUCGAAGUUUAACAUCCGUAUCCUUUUCCCCUGAUGGUAAGCGUGUUUUAUCAGGGUCUCGUGAUAGAACAAUUCGAUUUUGGGAUGCAGAGAUGGGCGUUCUUGCUUCUAGGCUAUUUGAAGGCCACACUGGACCUGUUUCGUACGUCGCCUUCUCGCCAGACGGGACGCGUAUCGCAUCUGGGUCUGAUGAUGCAACAAUCCGCAUCUAUGAUGCAGAGACGGGAAAACAGUGUAUACUCGGAUCGGCUGAGCAAACUGAUUGGGUCGUUUCCAUCGCCUUUUCACCUGAUGGCCAGUACAUUGCUGCAGGACUUAAUAGUGCAUCUAUUCAAAUUCACAACGCGGAAACAGGGACCCUUGUUUCCACGAUGCUAGAAUGUCAUACUGGCUCCAUUACAUCUGUUGUAUUUGGAAAACAACUUGUAUCGGGAUCCCAUGACACAACAGUCUGUGUUAGAGACACCGAAUCUGGCCGCCUUUUCUCUAGACCAUUCAGGGGUCACACUAACUGGGUUACUUCUGUUGCUUUUUCACCUGACGGUUCUGGGGACGCAACGAUUCGGGUGUGGGAUUCACAUAAUGGAAAACAAAUUUCUGGACCGUUAUGGUCAUAUGAUGCGAACAUCCGAAUUUGGGAUACGAAAACCGGUGCAUCUGAACCAUUGCAUGGACACACUUCGUGGGUUAUGUCUGUCUCGUUUUCACCUGACGGCAAACGCAUCGUGUCCGGAUCCUAUGACAAAAGAGUUCGUGUGUGGAAUGUAGAAGAUGAAACUCGCGAUGAAAUUUUACAUAGGAGCAGUAGUGAUCCCCUCGGCUUCAAAUGGGGUGAUGAUGAUGACGGAUGGAUCACUGGAACAGAUGGAGAGUUGAUACUGUGGAUUCCUCCAGAAUUUCGCGAAGGGCUUCAUUGGCCAGGGACCUUGUUUGUUGCACAAGAUGAGAUGACAAGAUUGGAUUUUACCACCUUCGCGCAUGGCACAUCAUGGGUACAAUGUGCUAUGUAGACCAAGAUACAGUAUAGACCUUCUGAGUUUAGACUGUUUAUUAUCGCUUCGCCACU